AUGGCCCCUGUACCUAGAGCCAGUCCCAAUGACUCGACGAAUCCUGCCAGUGUCGCUGUGGGCGUUGGAGUGGGCGUCGGAGUGACCCUCCUCCUCGUUCUCCUUGUUGCGAUCGGCUUCCUCAUCUGGCGUCGUCACAAGCGCGCAUACAAGCGCAAGCCCGGUGAGCUGGCGGCGUUCGUUCCCGACACCACGGUUCACAGGCCGGUCCCGUUGCCUCUCCACCAACAUGGUCGACGCGAGUCGGUCCAGAGCGAGAGCGAGCGUCGCGCCCUCCUACGGCCCAGCUCUGAGGUCCAACGCUUACCAGUUUGGGAGCAGCGUCACACCUUCCCUCUCAGCCCACCGCUUUCACUCCCCGACACGCCGUUGGCAGAUGCUCCAUCCCCCAACUACCGCUCUGGUACAGCUGUGGUUCAUCAACCCGCCGUCGAGCCCUGUGUCGACUCUGCCGGACAGGUCGUUCAGUCGACUGCCGAGGUCCCAGCUGGCCCACGGGCACUCGCUCGUUACUCCCUUCCAUCCCCAUCGAUAGUACAGCCGAGGCCCUCGACAGCAAAACCCCCGGCUCCGGCCUCGAUGCUAUCGAGUACAAACAGCGAUAAGUCGGCAGCCGAGCUCGACGCACGGGAACAUUUUAUUGACCUGGCCACGCGGCCUGACCUCCUCCCACCGUCCUUCCUUCCCCAUGCCAUCCACUCUGAGGAAUCCCGAUACUCCUUCACCAAGUAUGCCUCGGCUGGUCCCUCGAGCCCCCAUGCGCACGAUGCGACGGAGGUGGCUGGCUUGGGCAGGUUCUCGUCCGAGUGGCGGGAAAAAGCCCUCAUGUCGAGCUCGGCCGAUUCCGAAGCGACGACCACCCCGGGAGUGCGGAUCGAUAGCAGUGGUCGCAACCCCAUCCGCAUGGAGAAGGUCAAGGAUGACGACUUUUUUUCGGAAGACAACAAUCGACUCCGCCUCCUCUCCUUUGCGUCAACCACCGGCUCUCGCUCGACUGGCAGCAUGUCGUCCGAAGGCGACCGCGAGAUGCGCAGGCAACUUCGUCAGUCCCUCCAGUUCCCUAUUCCCCACCCCCUGAUUGCCCCGCGGGAGGUGCGGCGUCACCAGCCCAACUCUACGCGGUCCAUGCUUCUACCCCCACCUCUCUCCGUCGCGGUUGAAGGCUUGGAUCGACGGACCGCGCGCCGCGAAACGUGGGCGUACGGGGAUACGAACGAUACUCUCCAGGCUCUCCAGGGGGACCUUGGCCCAUGGCAUGCGAGUAGGAACGUCUCCAAAGCAAGUUUAGCUUCCCCACCAGCAACCCCGCGACCAGCAACCCCACCAGCAACCCCGCGACCAGCUCCGCGGGGCGAGCCACUCCCUCCCGUCACGAAUGUGUGA